AGGGGUUUUGUCUCUCCGGGUCGGAUCGAGGAAAAACAUCCAAACUUGAUCUGUAUAAUAGCGUUGUGCGGGUUAAAUUUUGAAGGCAUUUAGCAAAUUAACGUCGAACCCGUCAGGUGGUUUUCGGAAACCGCGUUUAGUAUUGGGAGUGUCAUUUUGAUUCCUUUUAUAUUUUUUUGGUUCGCUCGGUCGCUUUACGGUGAAAGCCGGUUCUCGAUUCGAAGAUUUCGGUACCUUUGUGCAGUUGGUGGUGAACUAGAAAAAAUAUCGUGGAAAUUCUUCCCGAAGAGGAUAAAGCAAGGAUCUAAAGUGGAAUCGUGCGUGCCUGGAAUACGAAAUCGCUAACAAAAAGUAGAAAGGAUCGGUGGAAUUUAAAACGAUUACCUGUUGUUGUUUUUUGCCCUGGCGAACAAAGCUGGGCACAACGAAUACGGAACCGGCAAGGGAUUGUGUGAAAGUGCUUUAACGAUUCCCCCCGCUGAUCCGAGGGAACCCGAAGUGGUUUUUAGGAACAAGCGAGAAUUUAUCGGAAGAGUGCACGGCGAAGUGAAAGCAUACAUUAGGGCGUAGGAUUUUCCGCGCUCUGCUUGAGAAGAAGGAGAAGGAUAUCGGGACUAAAGGAGACACUCGUCGCGAGGAUAAAUUUUGCAAAUCGAAAUGCUGCGACCGUCAGCAUUGCUAAUUUGUGCACUGGUGCUCACGACGGCGACACAAGCAGUCGUCAAUAUCGAAGCACAACGUCGUGAGGCACCAAUCGCCGAUACCUAUGGACUUCCACCCUCGUCUUCUGCCGCCUCUUCACUGGACCUACCCGCUCCAGUCUAUGGAGCUCCAGCAGUAGCACAGUAUCCAGCUCCUCCACCGGACAUUCCACCCCCAAUCGUGCCACACAAAGAGUAUGGCGUACCGGUACAAAACUUUGGACCGCCCAAUAUCAACAUCGAGUACGGACCACCAGCUCCAGCCCCAAAACCCGUGUACUAUCCACCGAAGCCCAUCUAUGGCCCACCUCCAUCGCAAGCUCACCACUCACUGCCACAUCAUCCACCAAAGAAGCAGUCUUCGUUCCUUGAAUCUCUGUUCUCGACAUUCGGAUUCGGAGGCGAAGAGGCACACCGUCACUCUCAUCACCACCAACAACCCCAGCAGCUCUAUGGUCCUCCCCCAAAGCCCGUCUAUGGACCACCGAAACCCACCUACGGAGUGCCGCAAUUUAGUCAACCGGCCCCACCAAAGCCAGUCUAUGGACCUCCGAAGCCCAUCUACGUUGCGCCGAAGCCCGUCUACGGACCACCGAAACCGAUUUUCACCGCUCAGCAAACCUUUGGACAUCACUCCUCGGCUCACGUUCCCCCAACCCCACCAGAGAUCAAGUGCGACGGAUGGAAACCAAUUGCCGGCCCAGUCGUCCAAGGCCCACCAAGCCAGGUAGAAAUCCACGCUCCGGAAUCUUCGUACGGACCUCCUCCCAGUGGUGACUUUCUCGGCGGUGGCCAUCAGGUUAUCUCCGGCGGUGACCUCGGUCUCCAAUUGCCCCGAUUGGAACCUGGCCCAGCUUUCAACAACGACCUGCAUAUCGGACUCGAACAGCAAAAGGGAAACAGCUUUGAAAUUCAUUCGAACUUCAUUUCUGACUCUUAUGGAGCACCACCGCCCGAUUCGUAUGCCCCAGGUGCCUACAAACCAUCGUUCGUGAAGCCGCUGCCCCCACCACCAUCGCCACCAAAACUGCAGUUCCCACCAUCGCCGAUCUACGGAGUUCCCCACCGACCAGCCUCGUACCAACACGGUCUCGCUAUCUCCCAUGGGUCCAUCAGCGGUAAUUUGAAACCAUGGUCUGGACCAGUUGCACCACCACGUCAACCCAUUGCCUACCGCCCACCAGUGCCAUCCGGUCUCAUCGAAUCCAUUGGACACACCGUUGAACAGCUGGACAACUUUGGAAGCAAGCCUCACUAUUCCGGAGACGUGUAUCUUCCUCCACCAACCAGUGACAUCCCAACUGCUCCGGUCGCCAGCCUUGAACUGCAUGCCCUUCCAUCCGAACAACCACCGAAACCUUUCCUGACCCAGCAUCAGUUCCCGGAAGCCCUGGCCCAGGUGCAGCAACCUCGCAUUCCCGACUUGAACGUUCUGCCAAUUUCUUCAACCGAUUGCGGACAUGGUCCAGAACUAUCGGGACACGUCCACGAGCAACAGUCCUCGUACUUUGGAACAUCGGGAGCCCAGGCUUACACCAGCGAGGAAUCAAACAGCAUCGACUCGAGCUAUGGCCCGCCAGCUUCGGGAGCCGCCAUUGGAGAGUACCGCACCGCCCAUCAAUUGUCCGGAAGUGAGUCCGUUUCUGCAUCCAGCUUGCCUGGUCUCAGCGGUGGACUCGGUGGUCUUGAACUGGUAUCCGCCCAGAAAUCGCAUAGCCUAACCAUUCCCGUACAAGGCCAGCUGGGAUCCUAUCAACUACAGUUCCAAGCUGCCAAUCCCGUCGGAUCAGGACACGGAGGAUCCGGUGGAGCCCCUCAUGAACAAAUCCUCACCGAAGGACUGCUCCAGUCAAUCUUGUCGGCCAUUGAACAACCACAAUCGAACUUCCAACAGGAGUCAUCCUCGUACGAUCCGAACAUCGAUCACAGCGAGGUGUCCGUGUUUCUGAAGAGUCCUGAAGGCCAAAAAACCUUGGCUGAUUCAGCACCUUCUGUUCACAAGCGAUAAACGGCCAUAUGCCGGGGCAAUAGUCAACCAAUUCGAGUGUGUUUCAGAAUGGGACAUGUAGUGUGAAAACGUUGUUGUUUUAAUAAUUUCUGUAGAGUACCUAGUAGAUCCACGUGUGAACUACAAUUUGCAGACUCUGCGAUGAGCGCAGUGCAAGUGGCAUUCGCCAAUUUUAAUUUAUUUUCAUCCCCCUUUCCCGAUGCACGGCGAGUGAAUGUUUGUUGAGUGAGUGAAUGAGCGCUGCACGUUAAAUGCGAUUUGUUCAACCAUGGUGGAUAACUCUGCUGGACAUUCCGCGAGAAAAUAUCUCUCCAAGUCACCCUCCACUGAGCAACUCGGGUUUUUCCGUGUAGGUAUGUUUGAGAAACAGGUGCCGCAAGUUGUCUCUCCUGAGAUAGCACCUUGUGGCGCAAAUUAUCAAUUAAGCACACAGUUAUCUUGUCACCAUCUACCGCGGCGAAUGGAACACAUUGGUGGCCCAAAUGGAGUUACCGCAAGAUACCCGAGAUUCGAACGAACCACGUGCUGUAAAUCGCGUCUAUCGCGCAGUGAUGAAUUAAGAUGUCGAGAUUGUCGUACCAUCCGUUCCGUGUCACUCGGUGGUUACUCGUUCGUCGAGGGAAAACGAAAACAAAAAGUUACCGUUGCAACAUUACAAGGGAGCGCGAAGUUACCGAACAGUUGACUUGAUGGAUACCUCUUAGUGCUGCGGAGUGUACAGUGGGUUAUAAUUGAGUAUUUUAAUUCGAUAGCAAGACGUGCACGUACCGUAGUUUGAAGGCCGCAGGGUGGAUAUAGACAAACGGACUUAGCUUCAAGGACAAUUAUCUAUUCAAAUAGCACAGUUAGAGUAACGUCUGUUUGUCUGUGUCGUAAGUUUGAUAUUUGUGAAGUAGGGACUUCAUGUGAGUCACUUACACGAGAUGACAGAACGAGGAAAUGAGUGUUUGUCUUUUCAGUGGGUAUUUAUUAUUUAAAGGCAUGCAACGUGUGAAAGGUUAUCAAUAGUUUUAACACAGAAGAGACAGCGAAUUUAAUUGUAUUAUAAGUGCACUCGCUGCCGUAGAGUCACACAAACAACGAAGAGUUUGGAGAUUAAUUGAAUAAAGAAUUUCGUUGAAUGUA